AUGACUGCCUCGCUUGAGAAAGCAGAUGGUGACGAGAACAUCUCGACCACUGUCGCUGAUCAUGCUGUCGUCACUAUACAACAAACUCGUAGAGGUCUAUCACCUCGCCAUGUCCAGCUCAUGACCAUUGCCGGCGGUAUUGGUGUUGGUCUCUUCGUCGGCGUCGGCGGCGUCUUGUCCAAAGCUGGUCCAUUGCCUCUUAUCAUCGGAUACCUAAUCUACGGUCUCGGCUUCAUUUGGCCUACUAUGCUGAAUGUUGCCGAGAUGGUAGCAUGGCUUCCGAUCCGAGGCUCGAUUUACGAACUAGCCUCCCGGUUUGUCGAUCCAGCUCUUGGAUUUGCAAUGGGAUGGACAUACUUCUAUGCGGGAGCCAUGUUGGUCUGUACCGAAUACUCAGCCGUCGCAACUGUUAUGCAGUACUGGAAUACCGACAUUAACCCGGCCGUCUGGAUUGCCAUAGCGUUGUCUGUAUGCUACUUCAUGAAUAUGGUUGCUGUUAGAUGGUAUGGCGAAGCCGAGUUUAUCAUGGGCUCCACCAAGAUCCUCUUGAUUCUCGGACUUAUCAUGGCGACCUUUAUCACCAUGGUCGGUGGAAAUCCUCACCACGAUGCCUAUGGUUUCCGAAACUGGAAGAAUGGAGAUAUGGCCCAUGAAUACUACGCAGACGGCGCCACCGGAAUCUUUCUUAGCAUCUGCAUCUGUGUGCGAUAUGCCGUCUUCACCAUCGGCGGCCCAGAUAUCAUCUCCCUCUCAGCUGGCGAGAUCCGCAACCCACGAAAGACGAUUCCCAAGGUUGCUAAGUUGAUCGUCGGUCGAAUUCUGUUCUUUUACGUUGUCGGCAUUCUUGCUGUUGGAAUUAUCUGCAACUCGCGUGACCCUCGCCUUCUGGGAGCCAUCGAGACCGGCGAGGCUGGCGCAGCGGCAUCUCCCUGGGUAUUGGGUCUUCUCCGUCUCGACAUCAGAGGGUUUCUUCCUGGACUUAUCAACUUCCUCAUCUUGCUGUCUGGAUGGUCUUGCGGAAACGCUUAUUUGUACUCGUCUAGCCGAACUCUAUACUCGCUCGCUCAAGACGGACAAGCACCCAAGAUCUUCUUGAGAUGCACCAAAUCUGGUGUGCCAUGGGUAUGUGUCACAGCAGUGACUGCGAUAUCUCUUCUGUCAUUCUUGGUAGCCUCCAACAGUGCGAGUGAGGUCUUCUCCUGGUUCUUGGACCUCACCACUGUCGCACUGGUUGUAAACUUCACGGCUAUGACAUGGGUAUUCAUCGGAUGGCGUCGAGCCCUCAACGCUCAAGGCAUCACUCGCCAAGGCGAAAACAACUUCAAGAAGUCACUCUUCAAGAGGAGCUCGGAUAAGCAACCUGCCCCAGGAAUCAUGUUCCCCUUCACCGCCCCGUGUGCAUCAUGGACGCCGUACCUCUGUCUCUUCAUUGGAGGCUCAACAUCCAUCUUUAUCGGAUUCGACAUCUUCCAGCCCUGGUCCUUGAAGGGCUUUAUCACAAGUUAUUUUGGUCUUGCUUGGUUCUUCUUUAUGUUUAUCUUCUGGAAGAUCUUUAAGCGAACCAAGUUUGUGACUCCUGCCACUGUCGAUAUCUUUGCUGAUGGCAAGAAACAGGCCGUGGAUGAGGAGUGUCGCUUCUGGGAGGAGGGAUUUGGCGAUGAAGCUGAAAGGGAUGCGUUGGCCAAGAAACAUGUUGUUGUCAGAACUUGGGCUCGGUUCUGGGGUGGCUAA